GCUGGAAAGUUGCUUGUCACUGGCGACACGGCUGCGAGUUGCCUCACUGAGGUGUUAGCCAGGCCCAUUACUCCAACGACUGUGCAGAAGUUUCGAAAUACAACAAAUCCAGCUCCUGGUGUUGGAAGAAUAUUCUAUGGCAGAGCAGAUGAUCCUGACAUUGCAGCUCACUUGACACAUGGCAUAGAGUCACGUUCUUCACUCAGUGCAGCUUCUUCGAUAAAUCCACUUCCUAAAACUGAUUUUCAACAAAAAAUACAAGACAAAAAAGAAGCAAUUUACUUGAGUAAUUGUCAAGCAUCCUUGGGCAGAUCACAUGAUCAGUCUUCUAUGUUACCUAAGGGCUUGGAUAUAAUUAAUACUACAUUUGGAACAAAAGUCAUCCAAGAUGUAUCAACUGGAGAACUUAUAAAUCCACCAAAAGCUUUUGAGGAAGUGGAUAAAGAAUCCAGAGAAGGACAUGAGCUCUAUGUUGUAUCCCACAAUGAUUAUUAUGUGGGGGAAGCAAUAAAUAGGAAGUAUGACUCACCAAACUUCAGCAAGUCUUUUGUUUAUGGAAUAGAAACCCCUCACUUCAAAGAUGGGCGAAGUGUAUCCAAGUCCUUAAAUUGGGUCUAUGAUCUGCAGUUGAAGAGAGCAGCAAAAAUUGUAUCAAAACAAAGUGAUGAUUUCAAGGAAAAAUUUCAACCUCAGCUUGGAAAAGUCCUUGAUCCUAUAGCAGAAACUAUGAAUGUUCCCCCAGGCCAUACAUUUGGAAUGUUACUCUGUCGAGAUGAAUAUGGUGUUGGUGAUCUUCUUCACUGCUGGGUUCCACGUGAGUUCCUCCGUGGUAGAGACAGUGAGAGAGCUGUCUUGAUUGCAGUUCGGCAAAGUUUGAAGAAAGCAAACUAUGCAAAUUUUGACCUGUUACUAGAAGCGUUCAGGCAUUACGAUAAGAAUGGCGAUGGAAUGAUAGACAAGGAUGACCUGCGAAAGUCCUGUUUUCAGCUUAAUCUGAAUCUAGAUUAUGAGCUCCUGGAUUCCUUGUUUGACUAUUGUGAUUUGGAUAAAAAUGGUCGGAUUAAUUAUCUGGAGUUUGCAAACUUUCUGAACUGGAAAGACAGAAUGGCUGUUAAAGAGUUUGAAGAAAAAAUAAUUACAAAAGGAAAAAAACUGGAUGCUCCCGGUCUGCCGGAAGACACAAAGACAGAUAAUGAGACACUGCUGAAGUGGGAAGAUCUUGUGUUAAAGGAAGCAGGAAGAUCAGAAAAGACACCAAAAAUGCUUACAAGAUCAACAGAUCAUGUAUUUGCAAAUUAUCAGACAACUUCUUCUCAGUAUAAUGCUGUAGUAGGUGGUCUCCCAACAACCUGUUAUCCAGUGUGUGGUCUCCCAACUAUUCGUUCAGAUAUUCCUGCUCAAAUUCGCCACAUCAGUGACAGAACUAAUUAUGGUGAUGAGGCUAAUGCUUAUGCAUUGUUGUUCCCUUCUGUCUUCAGUCAAAAGGGAGUGUACGAAAGAGACUUUUUUAAAACAAGACCAAAGGCAGAGGUUGCACAAAUUCUUCACAACAUUGGCAUGAGCAUUUCUGAUGAAAGGUUUGAAGAGAUAUGGAAGCAAGCCUGUAUGAAACAUCAGAAAGAAGAGGUUUGUGUUGAAAGCAUCAGGAAUGUACUGGAUGAGAUACAUGGCUCACACACAAAACCCAGUUGCUAA